UGUAGGACGCAAGAUGUACAGCUUGUUAUAAUAGAAACUUUACAUUACUAACGCACUGUUCUUUAAACUAAUAUCACAUUGAUUCAAAGUGUUUUUCAACAUAAAUAAAAUAAUUGAUGACCUUUUCACUGUAUCAAAAAAAAUCUUCUAAAAUUAAAUCUCAAAAGACUCUGUUGCAUGUUUGUUGACAGCUGAAGCCGCUUUAAAAAAUACAAAACGAAAAUUUCAAAAAACCGUUUGUCGUUCACCGAUUGUAUUUGUUUGGGCACCUUGAAAACUUGCUGGUUUUGUAAUAAUUUCCAGUUUUGUGAUUGAACUAGGAUUCAAGUAGUUUAUCUGACGAUAUGGCCGAGUCGCUGUUUGAUAUUUUCGGCGACCACCUCACCAGGCAGGCGGUGAAAAAUGUUUCGCGCCAACCUUUAUCGAAUAUUGAAAAUAUGGGCAAAACCGUGUCUUCAGGCCCGGUUAAACCUAACGAGCCUGUCAAGAAGUCUGAAGGGACUAAGAAGUCCUUUCUGUGUAACACAGGGAAGGCUUUGAAAAAUACUCCAGUUAGGAAUGUUUUCACUCCAAGGGCUGUUAAUGUCGGCUCCAUGAUCUACAGCGAUGAGAAUACUGACAAACAGCUUUGUGGCGAGGAUAUUGAGUUUAACAAACCCUCGUACAAGUAUGAUAACCAUCACAGGGAUGUAUUUGACUACCUGCCAAUGCCAGAGCCAGAAAUCCUGAAGCAGUUCUCGCCUCCAAACACUCCUCCACCAGCCACCAAGAAAUACAGCAUGGACUUCAACUGUUCUUACCAGGAUGAGUUCUUUAAAGAUGAUUUCUCAAUUGGCAGUGUUCCUGAUGAAGACCUAGAUCUUCCAGAUUUGUAUUGAGAAACAGUAUUAUAUUGAUUAGACUAAGGCUAUGAUUAAAACCUAAUAUAUAACCUGGUUAUAAAUGACCUACCUUUUUGUUGACUAAUUAAAAAGUUAGGUUGCAGCUAGUUUUGACAUGCAAACUACAACUUCUUUAAACCAGCUGUAAUUUCUGCUUCACAAGUGUAUUUUAUUAAACCUGUCUCAAAUUGUAUCAAUUUUGGCAAUUGUUUUAAUUAGUUAUUUAGAAACUUGAGACUGAAUUUAUUAAAAUAGGCUUUUUGAUCAUUUAAAACGAAUGAGUGUUUAAAUAUUCAUUUGGUUUGCCCCUACCCAUUACUACAACAUACUCUUAAUAUCUAAGUAAGAAAUUAUUCACUACUUAAGUAGCAAGUCUAAUCUGGCUGCAAUUUAGCUUUUGUAGCUGCUAAAUACUAGAUUAUGUGGCAGCUUGAAUACCAGGCAUGUUCCUGAAAUAUUUUAAUGUUUAAAUAAUGUAAGACAUGCAUUUUAUUGAAUAGUGUACGUAUGAACACACCAGUGAAAUUGUGAUUUAGAAUUUAAAUAAAUUUCUUAUUCUUAACA